AUGCAAGGCAUUAAGAAGAAGGUUUAUUUGGAAAUUAAUAGGUUAGAAAUUGAUAAAUUUCAUAAUAAGUUUGGAGUGAUUAAAGCUCUCAGAUUUUCUCUGGGCUGGCCUAAACACAAAAAUUGGGUUUAUUCUUGAUUUAAUCGACAGCUUCAUAAAGAAGGAAACUGAUAAAUAUAAAGAAAAAGGUUAUUGGAGCCAUGAAGCCUUGAAACAUCAUAAAAAGAUCUUAUGACAGCCUCUAAACUAGUAAUCACCCUCUAAAAUUUUUGAGUAAAAUUCUGGAGAAGCAACAGUAAAUUUUAUUUUUGAACAAAAUUGAAAUAUUACCAAAACCUCCAUACCACCCCAAAACUGUCAAAAAUAACUUCAAAUCCACCCUCAAAACCUAUCUUCCCCCUCCAAAGUUCUCCUAACCCCCUCAUCUCAGCCCCAUAACAACCUAUCCAGCUCUCCUGCUCCAUCCUCCCAGCUGUCUCCCCAGUCAAAAUCCCACAUUU